UGGGGAAUGAUUGGGACGUGUGCGUGCGUGCGUGCGUAGGCUGCGUGUGUGUCUGUUUGUUGUCUUGCAGGAGUGGUACAGCCCACGCGGAUCGGUCGCUAUGGAGAGCAGCUCCACCAGAAGCACGAGCCAGCAGCCAGCAGAGAGAGCAGGGACGGAUCCGACAGUGCCAAAGCGCACACAGACAGAAAGGAAUCAUGGAGAAAAGAUCACCGCUCAGGAGGACUUUGCCAUCAAACGGACUGCGACUUUUAACAUCACUUCUCACCUUAUACGGACUUACCUGUGUGAGCAGUAACCAGGUGAUUGUUCCUGAGAAAGUGAACGCGGUGCUGGGGAAGGACAUCACACUGGGCUGCAGAAUAGAGGUGGGCUCCAACCUCAGUCUCACACAGAGUUCCUGGGAACGUCGUCUCCCUUCAGGCACCAUUACCUUGGCAGUGUUCAACCCCGAAUUAGGAAUCUCCAUCUCUCAAGAGUACUCCAAGCGCAUCUCCUUCGUCUCCCCCUCCAUACGAGACGCCACCAUUAUCCUUCAAGGAGUCGGCUUCGCAGAUGUCGGGUCGUACACCUGCAAAGUGGCGACAUUUCCUCUGGGAAAUACACAAGCAUCAGCCUACGUUAAUGUAUUAGUGGAGCCAAAGGUGUUCGUGUCCGCCGGCCCCACGGCUCUGCUAGACGGCGGGAACGAGUCGCUGGUAGCCACCUGCAGAGCGGAGCAAGGCCGUCCAGCCGCUGAGGUGUUCUGGGAGACGGAGCUGAAGGGGAGAAGUGAGAACCGCAGUCAGGAUGAGCUCAACGGCACUACCACCGUACACGUGCGCUACUUGUGGCAGCCGCAGAGCUACGGCCAGGGGAAGACGCUCACCUGCGUGGUGCGGCACCCGGCCCUGCAAACAGAGUUCCGCAUACCCUACACGCUAAAUGUCCACUUCGCACCGAUAGUAUCAAUAAUAGGAAUCGACAAAAAUUGGUAUGUGGGACAAGAAAAUGUGAAAUUCGUCUGUGGUGCCAAAGCCAACCCACGUGCCCAUCACUUCACAUGGACCAGGUUGGAUGGAUCGAUGCCCGAAGGUGUUGAGAUCUCGAACAACACCUUUGCUUUCAUUCGCCCGUUGGAGCGCAAUGACUCCGGAGUUUACCGCUGCGAAGUGACGAACGACAUCGGUCUCCGCAGUAAAGAUGUAAAGUUCUGGGUACAAGAUCCUCCCCCUACCACGACCACCCCCAGCACCACCGCAUCCCUGCUGCACGACACCUCUGGAACCGGCACCGCUGCAGACCAGCGGAGAGCCCCGUUCACCUCCCCGACCCUGGCCUCCUUACCUGACAGCAGCCUGGGCACUAUAGUUGGCGGGGCGGUGGGUGGAGUCCUGUUCCUGAUCCUCCUGUUGAUCCUGGGUGGGGCAUGCUUCAUGCGCCAGCGCAGAACCUUCAGAGGGGACUACUACACCAAGCAGUACCUGGGACCCUCCGACAUGCAGAAGGAGUCUCAGCUGGACGUGCUGCAGCCACAUGAGCUGCAGGAGGUUUACGGGGACAAGACGAGCAAAGGCAGCCAGGAGCUUAAACCCAAACUGGGUGGAGACAUCAUUUACCCCGACUACACCCCUGAGCGCAAGGACAGGGACGACUGGGUCGACAGGGGGGAGGGCCACAGGGGCCUCACGGAGGGAAACUACUACCCUGAUCACUACAACACCCAAAACAUGCACCCCUGCGGGCCUCCAGUGCACAGCCCCAUAGUGAACAACGGCUCCCCCUACCUCCCGGAGGACUGCUAUGACAAUGGUACAGACAGCGACUAUGUGUCCCACAUGGACGGAUCUGUGAUCUCACGCAGGGAAUGGUAUGUGUGAGGAAAGGGGAGGAAAAAAAAAACGGACAAAUGACUGACUGAGAAUAAUUUAACAAGUGACAGAUAUAAGUAUCAUUAAAGGUUGUUUCAUUUCAGUUAAAGGAUGAAUACAAUUUCUCAGCUCAGUUUCACAACGAGCGCUUUGAACAAUACUGCUCUGCCUUGAUUGUAACCACUUAACCUUAAGGACUUGUUUGUGGAUUGUGUUACCACUUUUGUAGCAUUUCACGGAGCUACAAAAUACGCUGGAAUGCCUCAUUGAUAUUAUCUGCGCAGGCUCAAGAGGCUUUGGCAUACGGUGAAGUUUCGACUGAUGUGAAUGAGGUUUUGUAUUCUGCUUGUAUGUUCGUGCACCUGUCUGUCACACAGGUCACAGGUCAGGUGUUCAGACCCUUGUUAGUGAAGUAUUUAUAUCCCUGACUGACAUAAAACCUCACAACUUCUGUGGCAUUUUGAAAACGGUCUCUUGAUUGCUUACAGCAUUUUCAUACAGGUGUUCAUCAUGGCUGCAACAAGUAUUUAAAGCAAGUUAUAUUGCAUGAUUUAAAAAGAAGAACAAAGUAUCAUUAAGUUAAAGGGAAAGUCACAUGUUUAAAAGGGAGAAUUACAGAGGGAAAAGCAAGCUGACUGAUGCAAGUGUGUUACAAAAAAAAACACUGCCCCUUCUAAAAUUUUGCUCAGUGGUUCUUCAGUGGCUUUGGCAAACUUGCAAUAUCUUCUGUAAAUUAUUCAUGAAAUGGUAAACCAGACAGAGUAAUUUUACUUUCAGCUUCAGUUUAACGUAUUUAUUUUACACAUAUCGCUGUCGUUAACCAAAUACACUAUCAUCAGUAUUGAAAUGUGUAAACUCAGUCACAUUCUCGCUGUGAAAAAGCACAACUCCGCUAUUACAGUUGUCAGCAAACAUCAAAAAGAAGCCAACCGAGCCCUCGACUUCUCCACCUCGCCAUGAUAACAGGCUAUAUCGCUGCCUUUUCCAUUUUGCCUCCUCUGUAUCCUCUGAUUUUCUGUCUGGAAGACUAACACCAAUUGGUCAUUAUAGUUUUUUAUUUUAAAAGCGGGAUCAAAGCGAUGUGUUAUAAAUACCAGAUGUGACGAUCCCAGCUGUCAUCAUCUGAAGUUAUGCGGCUCCAUAAACCACCGACAUUUUCACUGCUCCCGCUCGACACUCCGCAGUCGUUAUUUAUGAUGGUAAAUAAGCAAAAUACUUGUUGAAAGGGCGGCGCAGAAAAAGAAGCAUUAAUAAGCUUCAGUUUGCAUGUGUUGGAUGGAUGAUUAUCCCAAUACCUUACGACACAGUUGGAAACAUUGUGAGCGGCUGACAUCACUACUGAUCACAGAACGGGCUUAAGUUGAGGUUUGGCUCCUCAGCAAUUCCUCUGAGGAUACACAGCCAUCAUGGAAAGUAGAAAUUUAAUCCACAAAGUGAAAAAAUUGGUUUAAGAACCCUCUAGGUUAGAGCUGUCUGUGUAAUGGCUCUCCAAGGGAUAUACUAUUUUUUUUCUUCCCUACAAACAACAAACCCAGUGACAUUAAGUUGAAACAAAAGAGUUGACAUCAUCAGUGAUCUCAUCUCUCACUGCUUGAUUUGACCUUGCACUUUUCUACUUAGUGCUUUUUUGGGGAGGGGGAGGAGGGGGGGGGAGUGUUGUUUCCUCAGGAAUGAUACAUGGAUCAAAGUGGCCUCUGCAAAGCCGCACAGGAAAGGAAAAACAUACCCUUUUUGGGAAGGAUCCCUGCUCAAUCAAUCAGGGUGUAGCUAGAACAAGGCACAAUAUAUGGGUAUUACAUUAUGAUCUGAACGGGAAGGGAGGUAUAUUUUGAGGUUUCCUUGUGUCUUAUUGGGGUUUUAUAGACUGUGGGUGCACUUUUUUUUUUUUUUUUUUUUUAACCCUUCUCCACCCUUGUUUUCCCACACGGCUCUGCCAGAGCUUUUGGUCGAAGGUUUAAGAAGUCUGAGAAUAAACUACUUUAAUCUCUUGAGCUCGCUCUUACUCUCAUCGUCGCACACACGCACCCGGCACCAUACAUCUGCUCUCUGCAGCCCAUAUUCAAAGAGCAGUCCUCACCUCAAACCUUGAGCUUUUUAAUUAACUUUUAUUUUUUUCUCAUCACACUUGGCAACUAAGUGCUCUAACUCGGUGAUAUAUAGCACAUCCGUGUCUGCAUGCACACAUUUUCUUAUUUGGCUGAUUCAUAGCUGUCAGCUUGUUUUUUUUUUUUUUUGUAUUUGGCAAAGUCGCUCCAACUCCGCUUUUAAAUUCCAGGGAAAGAAUGAUCUUUUUAUCUGCCUCUGCUUUAUCUCUAAAGACUGUUUGACAAAAGCAUAAUGAGCUGAAGUGAUGAAUGUUCUUUAUCCUUUUCGGAUCCGUUUUGGUCACUCACCAGCCGGCUGCAUGUAAAUUAAGUUAUUCGCCGCCUACUAUGCUCAUUAUUUCUCAUCACUAAUGUUUAUAUACAUGUACAUAAUGCUAAUAGGUUAGCGUAGGAUCAGCUGACAUCUCAGCGGACGUUUGAUUUAUAAGUUCAUGUACAGUUUGUUCUGGAGUCCCCUACUGAAUAGUUGGUGCCUUAGAUGGGCUGAGCAAUGCACAGAAACUUUAAAAUAUGACAAUUACUGAAAGGAUUAAAGUAAAGGCUACUAAUAUCACUAGAGAGGAGGACUGACUGGUCCUUUUAAAAAUGUCUUCCAUCUGGAUAUUUAAGAAUUGCUGUUAUCAAAAACAUCAAAUUAGACAAAAGGUUGAUUGUCAUGCCUUAUACAUUUUGAAUGGACACAUGUAACGAGUUAGUUACUGAGAAAAUCAUAAUAAGUAAGGUUUCACUGGGAAUUUAGGCAAGCCAGAUUCAUAGAAAAUAUUAUUGUCCUGUAUAUAUGCUGGCUGUUUUUUUAUUAUUAUUGAAAAAAAAAAUCUUAUUUUUUGUAUGAGGUCUGUAAUUUUCACAGAGUAUUAGUUUAUCUUACGAGCGUUUGAGGAGCUCUUGUCUCAUGAUACAUAGAGAGCAAUCCUGUUUUCACUGCAUUUUAUAUUUGUUCUGGAGAGUUUCUGACCAAUUAUUUUGUAUGCUGUUCUUUGAAUGAUUGAUGUCUCACAGGAAUCAGCGAUGAAAGUGCGGUAGAUUGUAGUUUGUUCCUUUUGUUUGCAAUAAAAGACCACCAUUAUUGCA